AUGGAAACAAUGAAAGGUGUAGUUGCGAUGUCAGGCAGUGAAACGGAGGAUGAUGACACUAUGGAUGUCCCGCUGGAUCUUUCCUCAUCUGCUGGCUCAGGCAAACGGAGGCGACGUGGUAACCUGCCUAAGGAAUCCGUGCAGAUUCUUCGGGACUGGCUGUACGAGCACCGAUACAAUGCUUAUCCUUCAGAGCAAGAAAAAGCACUGUUAUCCCGACAAACACACCUUUCCACACUACAGGUCUGCAACUGGUUUAUCAAUGCACGCCGCAGGCUUUUACCUGACAUGCUGAGGAAGGAUGGCAAAGACCCAAAUCAGUUCACUAUCUCGCGGCGAGGGACCAAGCUUCCCGAGGGUGGCCUGGUGGAGUCUUCCAUCAGCACAAAGAACUACAUUCCCCUGCUGGAGGAGGCCACCUUCCUUCCCACUGCCACACCUCUCGGCAAGACUGUGUCCUCUUCCAAGCCAGCAUCCCCAGGAUCGGUCCUAGCUCGGCCGUCGGUGAUUUGCCACACAACUGUGACUGCAUUGAAAGACGCCCCUUUCCACUUUUGCCAGCCAGCUGACGUAGGCCAGACCACAGACCUGCAGCAGCCCCCAGCCAAUGGCUUCACAGACAACUCUCUCUCCUACCAUGAGGAUGCAUCGAAACUGGGACCUGGUGCAAAUGCGCAAAGUGGGCUCUUUAACACUCCUCCUCCAACCCCACCAGACCUUAACCAGGAUUUUAGUGGAUUUCAGCUACUGGUGGAUGUUGCACUCAAAAGGGCAGCAGAGAUGGAGUUGCAGGCAAAACUUAUGGCCUAAGUCCCCUUCCUUCUGCUUCCCCGUUUUGUUUUUCCAGGCAGGGAUCUAACAGCUGUGUGGUUAUUGUUGCCACCCACACAAUAUCAAAAAGACUUCACUGCAUUAUUAUUAUUUUUUUUAUUAAUCUUAUUUGCACAAGGGAUUGCUGAAAUGAAGCUUCCUGUCACUGAGAUGGUCUUCAGUGGAAUAUGGUCAUUCCAAGAAUUAUAAACUUAAAGCUACUGUAGAAAGAAAGGAUUGUGUGUUGGGGUUUUUUUGUUGGUUUUUUUUUUUAUGUUCUCUUUGUAGGUUUUCCAUAAUGUGAGAUGGUUCCCAAGAUCAUGUGAUUUGUUUUUGUUUAUUUCAGACUGUGCAAUAUCUAGUAAUGAUAUAGAGUCUUCUUAUCAUUCCCAUGUGGAACAAAAUAUACCAACACGCUGUCUAAAAUAAAUUUUCCAUUUUUUUAACAAUACAAACUUUGGAUGAUUAUGCUUUUUCCCCAUAAUGUAAUAAAAUAUUUUC